GGCAAUUAUGUGAAAUAAACUGUAAAACUUAUUGAAUUCAAUUUAAAAAAAAUAAAGAUGCUUAUUUAAAAAAGACAUAUACAAAUCCUUCACUGUAAUUUCAUUUGUCAACUAGUGACACCUUUUGUAGUAGACAGUAGUAAAGGUUUGCAGUAUAAGAAACAGUUACAUAACUGACUUACUAAUGGACUCUAAGACUACUAUGUUGUAUUACUAUUAGCUCUACCUGCUUGUCCUAUGUUUUUUUUCUCCACAAGUGUGUUAUAUAUAUGUGUGCUACAACACUUUUCUCUCAGAACCACUUCACGACUUUUGUUUCUCAACACUAAUGCAUAAGCAAAUGCAAACACAUAUACUUCUACAAGUAUUAACUAUGUGUUUACUCUAUAAGUAUCCUUUACAACUGAAUUCUACUAAAUUACUCCAAAGUGUAUUCGACAAUUAUGCUCUACAACCAUACUCUAUAUAUGUACAUUACAUAUGUCUUCUACAACCUCUUCCCAUAAAUUUACUCUACAAUCUCUCUCCUCUAGUUGAUUCUACUUGUAAUAUCUACAAUCCUUUCCAACUUGCUAAUACUCCAAAUGUAUUAUAAUCUGACAUCAAAUAAUAAUUCAACAAUCAUCAAAAAUAAGAAGAUAAUCAAGGUUGACUGUUGUUCUGUAUUUAACCUUAGAUUAAAAGUACUGCUUGGGCAAGUAAUAACACAAAAGAAGAAAGGAUUCCAAGUUUUUAUUUACUCGUUCAUAUGAUCCAAGAAAGCUGUACAAUACUGAAUAUAUUUCAGUCGUAACUAAAUAUUUUUCUGAUCUCAGAACUAAUAAUGUUCGGUUUUGUUGGCUUCACUAGUCUUUUAUUUAUUUAUUUAUUUCCCUCUUUUCUUUUUUUCUUCUAAGUACUUUGAUUUGAUUAAAGCAAUACUGUACAUGCUCAUUUAUAAAUAAAUAAAUAAAUAAAUAAAUAAAUAAAU